UCCGGUGGAGGCACCUCAAUCCUACAGUUUGCAUAGCUUGGCUUCAACCUCAGGUCUACGAAAUAAAAGCUCCCAACUCCUCUCCCUUACAGCAAUCGCAAUGGAGCACCCGUCGAGCGCGAAUUGGCAGGCCCACAAGAAGGCCGACAACCUUUUCAAGCCUCACGAUGUCCUCGAUGACACCGCAAAGGCUGGUGUGAUCGGUGCUCUCAGCGGUCUCUUCCUCUCCUCCGUCAAGAAUGCCAUGGCCAAGAACAAUAUCGGCAUCUUGAGCGUCUUCACCCGAGGUGCUCACAUUAUCGGUAUUGGAGCUGCCGCUCCCGCCGCAUAUGUCUUCGUCUCACGAAGCUCAAUGAACCUCCGCGAAAAGGACGACGCCUUCUCGGCUGCCCUCGGUGGCUUUGCCCUGGGUUCAGUUCUCGGCCUUCCCACGAGACGAAUGCCCGUUGUCAUGGGACUCGGUGGUGGUCUCGCAAUCUUUCAGGGUAUGUUCCACUACCUCGGCGGCCGAUACGAUAGCUUCAAGAGAGAGGACGACGAAUUCGAGCGCAAGGAGAUCAUCCGACGAAGCACCCGACUGCCAAUUGAGCAGACUAUUUCAGAGAUUGGCGAGGGCCGAGGCAUCCGACCUCCUGGAUAUGAGGAGCGUAGGGCAGAGCGACUUAGUGAGAAGUACGGUGUUGAGAUUAAUCCCAUUAAGGCGACUGUCGAGGGUAGCCAAUAAGCACGAAGCGACAAGCGGGCGAACGGGACGGGAGCGAUUGUACAUAACUCUUCUGGGCGAGGAAGAGAUGCUACACUAGAGAAUUGGAGUUUUGUUUUGUUUCCAUGUGAAACUCUGAACUGUGCCAACUCACGCUUGGGCAGUCAGUUUUCCCCCAAAAGGUACGUUA